UUAGUAUCUUACUGCUCUACAAGUAAGAAAUCUUCACAAAUUUGGACUUGCAAUCCUCACUUUGGGCAUUCCUGCUGAUGUUAAAACACUGGAUACAUUGGCAAUAUGGUAAUGAAAACUACAGUCACAAUUCUUCUGUUUUUGAGUCUUUUUGGACUGAACAACAGCCUGUACAGGAAACACUAUUAUGUGAAUGACAGGAUGAAGUGGUCAGAUGCACAGCAGUACUGCAAAAAUCAUUAUGAUGACCUAUCCACUGUACGCAAUGAAGAACUGCAACCGCUCACUGCUAAUGCACAGAUCACUAAUUAUUAUUGGAUUGGACUUAGAAAAACUUCACUAUCUUCACAGUGGACAUGGACCGGAGGUGAGGUUGCAACUGAUGUCAUGUGGGAAAACAGUGAACCAGAUUAUAACCUUGAAUUUUGUUGUGCUGUCGGAAGUUCCUCUUCAAAAGUGCAUAAUGUUGACUGUGAUUGGUCCUUACCAUUUUAUUGUAUGGAGGUCUUUGAGCUGAUCCUGGUGCGGCAGGAACACACAUGGGAAGAGGCCGUGAAUUACUGCAGACAAAAGUACAAAGAUCUGGCCAUACUGAACUCAGAUGAAAUGAUGAAGGAUGCAAAGGUUACGAGCACAGAAGCACUGACAGAUGAUGUGUGGAUUGGUCUGCGCUUUAUUGCUGGCAACUGGGUUUGGGUAAAUGGAGAAAAUCUUCAAUAUAAGGGCUGGUCUUCAGGGGAAGAGCUCCAGUGCCCUGCCAUGAAUCAGCGCUGUGCAGUUCUGAACCGUAAUAGUAUGCUUUGGAAACCAGUGGACUGUGAGCAGAGAUUCAACUUUUUCUGUAUCAAUAAAUAGUGUAAUGAAAUAUCCGAUUUAUUUGAUGAUGACAAGCCUAAAUUAGA